AUUUACGGGUCAGUUCUACUGCACAGAUCACAGAGUAACCUCUGUUCCUCCUUGGUUCUACUGUUAACCCUACUUAUUUGACCAAAACUAUUAGCCCCGGUGAAAACAUAAAAUGAAUGAGAAAACUCCCACAAGACGAUCAGUGCAAUCAACUUCUGGAUUUUCACCUGUAAUUGUUCAGACAAGUCCUGCAGCUGAAUCCCCACAGAAGAACUUAACUGGCCAUCCAAGAGUAAUUCGUGAUAUUGUUGCCGAUUUGUAUAACAAUGUACAAAGGUGGAAUUCUUUACAUAUUCAAGGCUGUGGCAUUGUGAAACAGAUUGCGUCUAUGAAAGCAGAUACUGGUCAAACUUACCCACCUCACUUAGAUGAGCAUAUCAAUGAGUUGCAAUCGGUAGUGCAAUCAAUGACGAAUAUGUUCAAUGUUUUCGCCAAGUUAGACGAGCAGGCAACUGCAUUUGCCAAAUUGCCCAAUUUGUGGAACCCUCUAUUUUUUUCAAUGGAUGCAUUCAGCCUUACACGACUUAUAAAGGAUAUAUGUGAGGUUUACAUGACCGCAUUUAAGGUAAAGUUCGAGAGUUGGAGUAUAUUCAUUAAAAUAUCCUGAUUAGAUAUGCAAUGUCUGUGUGUCUAAUAAUAUCUAUACCUUUGAUAAAAAAGAGGUCAAAAAAACUACUGCUAGCAAUUAAUAUCCUGGGCAUAUAGAAAAUCCGCUAAUUAUCCUCACCAAAUAGGUGAUCCCUUUACCAAUCACUUUAUUCUGAGUUUUUUUUUCGAAGAUGCCCUUUUCAAGCAGUUUUCAUGCUUGAAAAUCACGUUGUACUUGUAGUAAUAAUUAGAAUCUAUAAUGACGAAAUAUCAAUUGUUCUAUUAGAGAAGAUCAUCUGUCUUGAACCAGAAAUGUUUUUCAUGUUGAAAUAAGUGCAAAUUUUUAUUUGGAGCACAAAUCCAUUGUGCAGUUAUUUAUAAUUGUUUUUGUGUACGAUUGUACUAUUCUGUAAUUUUGGAAAUUAGUUCUUAUAAGGACUUCGUCACAGCUAUUUUCAGAUUAUAUUGCCAUGCCAUGGAAGUAAGAGUGAUUAGAAAAGUAAAAUUUAAUCGCUUUAACAGAAGAAUGAAUAGUUGUCUCUAAUUGAAUUAUAUUUCAUAAAUAUUUAGUAAGAAUUUGUAUUCCACUUAAAAUAAGAUGCGUUAAGAGAAGAAGAUUAGGUCAAGUCCGAUGAAUCAAAUAGUGUAAUGGGAUAGUAAUAACUCGAUAUGGAGUUUUUUCAAAAGUUACAGUUUAAGGAAACAAGUUCUGCAACGAAAUCAACUUUAAAUGGUUUUCCCCGCAUGGUGUUAGUGCUUGUUUUUAUCAAGUCUAGACUAACCCAAACUAACACAAAACUGUUUCAAUUGUUGCCUGUGAGUACUGGCCUAGUACAUAAUUUGAAACCUCACCGAUCAAAAUUGCAUCGUUUUAGCAAAAUAUCAUAAAGGUCAAUUAUUUUCAAAACCUUCUGGCAAACUAUGGUAUUUUUAUACUCUAUAUUUUAUGGAAAUGCUGGUCUUUAAUAUGGAACAGUGUAACUUAGAGCUAUCGAAAAAUGUUUAGUGUUCCUAGUAGGUAUCCGGCAUUAUUUGAUCUUUUCGGGUUAAGCGUGAUUACUAGGUAGUAGACGGGAUUAUUCUGCAUGCAUUUCUCGGUAUUGCUUGGCACCGUGGAUGCCGGCCACAUGUGCAAACUUUGAGCGGGAUUUUAACAUGUCAGCCCUUAAACAGCUUCAAACUCUUAUUUGCUCAUUUCCGUCUUAACUACCUGGCAAUAACCAUAUGUAUUUAUUUGUUUCACCAGAACUGUUUUCCUUUGUUCACCAGUCCUUUGGUUAAAAUUCGCAUCAGUUUUCAAAAUUAGGGGACUAUUCGAACCAGCUUGAGACUAUAAGCUGGCGCCACUUUAAAACCUUGUUCAUUAACGCAAGUCUACUUAAGGUUUUAAUGAAGAACCAUGCAACGCAGGUACUUAUAAAAAUCAACCCUUUUUGAUUAUUCAGGUUUUGUUUGGAAAUAUUCUCGGCUGCAAAAAUCCGAUUGUCGAUUUUUUAUAUAGCUUUUUAUCGUUUUAAACAACGCAUAGUUCCACCGUAUAAAUUAACCGUGCGAUGGUCAAAAAUCACUUAAAAUGUAUAGCUUUUCUAGAAGGACUUGGAAGGAGAAAAUAUCUCAUUAAAUUAUCAGUAUCAUUAUCAUAUAUAUAUCAGUAUUAUUAUUAUCAGUAUCACCUUUUUGAAACUGUAUUUUUCUGAAGGUUUUCACUUAUUCUAUAGUUUCAAUUAAAUAUUGUUCAUUUUGUGUGUUUGAUUUACAUACUACGAUUUCGUUAGUAUGCUCCUCUUUAAAUAUUAAAUUAAAUAGAAAAGAGAAACAAAGCCACAUAAUCACGCUUUGUGAAUAAUAAUACACAUAUGUAUUGAGUUUCCUUGUGGUUGCCAGAAAAAUACUGUAAAAAAGUAUGUACUGUAUAAAAAAAUAAAUAAAAUACUGUAAAAAAUGACAGAAUUAAAAAAAAUCCGUUGUUUAACUCUAUAUCAAGAAAAAAAUACCCCUUCAAAAUAGUAACAUUUUAUCAUCCUAUACCUUAUAUUAGUCUAUAGCGCAAGAUUAAUUUUCAUUAAGUCUCUUAAAUCGACUGGCAAUUUCAAAACGUGGUAAUUCCAGAAAAUAUUUUAUUAAGUUUUAGUUAGUUGCUUAAUAAAAGUUCCUACCAUCUGCAUAUCCGCCACCUCAUUUCAAAUCAGAAGUACCUGAUUCUAAACCCGAAUCUGCAGGUUCCUUAAACUUUCUAGGCAAAAAUGUUAAAUUAAAGGGCAUUUC